CAAUCCACAAUUGCUGACUUAAAUUUGUGGCGUUUUCAACUUGUUUGCCUCUAAUAUUACAAUCAUGAGGGAGUAAGGAAUUAAUAUUUUGUCGGUGCAUGGAGCUUGUUCAUUUCCACAAACGCUCCUGAUUUUUCCAAUGAUAUGGUGUCACAUCUGGAACACUUUCUCUCUUUUUGAAUUCCAAAUGUUGAAAAUAUGAACGAGAUCAUGUAGUAGUGAAGCUGGCAUUUGGAGAGCAGUUAAACAUCAGGAGCGGGUGCUGAACAUGCCCAUGCAGCUGUUUUCACAAGGUAUCUAAAUGAGUGCUUUCUGGAGUUAAUGGCCAACUUUUCGCUACACCAAUGAAUGAUUGGAGUGGAGACGAAUUUCUGGAAAAUGCAAUAGCUGAAUAUGAUAGGAACUAGGAAGGGCAAGGAAUGCAAACCUAUGGAUUUGGAAACGUUCCAUACGCGUUGUGCUCUGGUCUAAAAAACCCCACUUUACCUGUGCGUCCCAAAUGAAAAAAGUUGUGAGUCGGUAGGCGGCGCACGUUCAUACCUAUGUUUUUCACUUCCUUACUUCAUUUGAACAGAAAACAAAUGCAGAAAUGAGACGGGGUUGUCGGCACUGGCCAACACGAUCUACUGAAUCACAACUAUUUCUUAGUGAAACUUCGCGACUGGGGACGCAUUACCUUGUUCCAGCCAUGAUUCAGGCUACCUUUGGGUGACAUACCCAGCUUUUUAAAGCUGGUUGUUCAUAGAAGGAGUGAAUGUGGACAAUUAUGUUAGUUCCGUCCUAACACACUAAAGAAGAAUGAAUAACUAUUUUGGGGGGGAAUAGCAUGAGAUUUUUCUGAUCCUCACCGCAGAGUCAAGACAUCGAUCAUUCCCUGAGGGUGAUCUACAUAACUAUAGGUUACAUUGCGGUCAGUCAACGUGAUCAGCUUCGAUUCACCUGGCAGUUUCGAUUGUAAAUGAUGAUGAAGCUCAGUCGGCAAUUCACUGUUUUUGGAAGUGCCAUAUUUUGUGUUGUUAUCUUCUCAUUGUACCUGAUGCUGGAUCACCUGCAAUUAGACCAUACAAAAAGUCCAAACAACGGCGGGGAUAAAUUGCAAAAUGGCCAGUUGUCCAUCCUGCAGGAUAAGAUUGACCGCUUGGAGAGACUACUGUCCGAGAACAAUGAGAUCAUAGCCAACAUCAGGGACUCUGUGAUCAAUCUGAAGGAGUCGGUCAAGGAUGGCCGUGGGGGUCUUGACGGCGGGAACAUGAGCCAAGGGCACUAUCUAGAACUGCUGGCUUCGCCUCCACUGGUCCUCCCUAUUGACUCACAAGACUGUCAGUUUGCGACAAGGGAGUUCUCCAAGCCAGCAGAUGGGGUGCAGUUGCUAGAUGUGUAUGACCUCCUGACCUUUGACAACCAUGAUGGGGGAGUGUGGAAACAAGGCUUUGAUAUCACCUACCAGGAUAAUGAAUGGGACAGCGAGCCACUGCAAGUCUUUGUUGUGCCCCACUCACACAAUGAUCCUGGAUGGCUGAAGACGUUUGACGACUACUACCGGGACCAGACCCAGCACAUCCUGAACAACAUAGUGGUGAAACUCCAUGAGGACAGCCGCAGGAAAAUGAUCUGGUCCGAGAUCUCAUACUUCUCCAAGUGGUGGGACAACAUCGACAACCAGAAGAGAGACGCUGUCAAGAGUCUGUUUGAGCAAGGCCAGUUGGAGAUCACAACGGGAGGCUGGGUGAUGCCUGAUGAAGCCAACUCGCAUUACUUUGCAUUAAUUGACCAGCUAUUGGAGGGACACCAAUGGUUGGAGAGAAAUGUGGGAGUGAAACCCCAGACGGGCUGGGCUGUGGAUCCGUUUGGCCACUCCCCUACCCAGGCGUACCUGCUGAAACAGGCUGGCCUGGCCAACAUGCUCAUCCAGAGGGUGCACUACUCCGUCAAGAAACACUUUGCCAGUCAGGAGACCCUGGAGUUCUUCUGGAGACAGAACUGGGACCCAGCCUCCAGCACGGACAUUCUAUGCCACAUGAUGCCCUUCUACAGUUAUGAUGUUCCCCACACGUGUGGCCCCGACCCCAAGAUCUGCUGCCAGUUUGACUUCAAAAGACUUCCUGGUGGGCGGGUCAACUGUCCCUGGAGGGUCCCCCCUCAGCCAAUUACGGAUGGAAACGUACAACAGAGGGUUCAGAUGCUGCUGGACCAGUACAGGAAGAAGUCCAAGCUGUUCCGAACCAAGGUGGUGAUGGUCCCCCUAGGGGACGACUUCCGCUAUGCAGAGGCCUUGGAGUGGGACCAGCAGUUCCAGAACUACCAGAAGCUCUUUGACUACAUGAACUCUCAUCCAGAACUACACGUCAAGGCUCAGUUCGGCACCAUCACGGAUUACUUCAACGCUCUUCGUAAAUUGUCCAUAGAACCCGGUCACCCUAGUGCCUCUUUACCGGUGGUCAGCGGCGACUUCUUUACCUACGCAGACCGAGAUGACCAUUACUGGAGCGGCUACUUCACCUCCCGACCCUUCUACAAACGCCUAGACCGCGUGCUGGAGUCACACCUCAGGGCAGCUGAGAUCCUUUACUCCCUGACCCUGGCUAAUAUUCAGAGGUUUGGGAAGCUGAAUGAUUUCCCAGCUGUGGAGAACAACAGACUGCUCACUGAAGCCAGGAGGAACCUGGGCCUGUUCCAGCAUCAUGACGCCAUCGCAGGCACCGGCAAGGACAUGGUAGUGAUCGACUACGGUACCAGGUUGUUUCAUUCCCUUUUGAAUUUGAACCAAGUGAUUGUCAACUCCGCUCACUGGCUGGUGUUAAAGGACAAAAGUGCAUACAGUCACAAUCCGUCAAAAGCCUUUCUUCAAAUGGAUGACAUCCAGCCUUCUCAAGAUGCCCUGCCUCAAAAAAACGUUCUGAAAAUCAGCUCACAGCCUAGGUCUGUGGUUGUCUACAACCCCACGGAGCAGGACCGCACGUCAGUGGUGACCGUGUACGUGAACACGCCCCACGUGUGUGUGAUCACAGACCACGGUCACCCUGUCCCCGCUCAGGUUAGCGCGGUCUGGGACGACUCCACCACAGCUUCCACAGAGGCCUUCCAGUUGUCCUUCGUAGCUCAGGUACCAGCGCUGGGUCUUGGGCUGUACCAGUUGAGUACGGCUGUGAGUGGCGGGGCGGAGACGGCAGAGUAUGUUUUCCUCAGGCAAGGCGGCGAACUAUCCGUUAACAUGAAGCACUUCACCGUCAACAUCCCCCAGGACGCCUCCACCCCCCUCAGCAUCCACAACCCCCACAUCCAGAUCUGGAGCUCCCCCACCACCGGCCUGAUGGAGAGAUUGAAGCUGAAAGAGAACGGCUCAGAACACCAGAUCAAGGUGGAGUUUGCGUGGUACGGCACAACCAGCAACCGAGAUAAAAGCGGAGCCUACUUGUUCCUGCCCGACGGGGAAGCCAAGAUGUACUCUCCCGCCCGGUCUCCAGUGAUACGGGUAACCAAAGGAUCUGUGUUCUCUGAAAUCACCACGUCCUUCGAUCACGUGACACACACUCUACGCCUGUAUAACGUUCAAGGUGUGGAGGGCCAGGCAGUGGAGAUCUGUAACUUGGUAGAUAUAAGGAGGGAGUUCAACCAUGAAAUUGCAAUGAGGUUAGCAUCAGAUGUGGACAGCAAGGAUCGAUUCUUCACAGACCUCAACGGAUUCCAGAUACAGCCCAGAAGAACCAUGGCCAAGCUUCCCCUUCAAGCCAACUUCUAUCCCAUGACCAGCAUGGCCUACAUCCAGGACCCCGGUACCAGACUGACCCUGCUCACUGCACAGUCUCUGGGCUCCGCCAGCCUUGUGAGUGGCCAGUUGGAGGUGAUUAUGGAUCGUCGGCUGAACCAGGAUGAUAACCGCGGGCUGGGCCAGGGUGUCCUGGACAACAAAGUUACCCCUAGCACUUUUCGCCUGCUCCUGGAGAAGAGGGCCAAGACCGAUGGGGGGGAGAAACCCUCACCCCUCAGCUACCCGUCUCUGCUGAGUCACGUGUCGUCGUUGUACCUGAACCACCCUCUGAUCUCCAUGGCCGUCAGCACGGAGGCACAGUCCCUGUCCUUGACCGCCUUCACCCCGCUGGCCUCAUCGCUGCCCUGUGACAUCCACUUGGUCAAUCUACGCAGCAUACAGUCCAAGGAGGAUGGGGGUGGUCCGUCGGACGAGGCGGCUUUGAUUCUGCACAGAAAAGGCUUUGACUGCGCCUUCUCCAAUAGGAACACAGGGCUACUGUGUGCCACCACGCAGGGGAAGAUCCACACAGAGAAGCUGUUUUCAGAACUGAGAUUCCAGAGCAUCAUCCCCGUAUCCCUGACUCUGAUGCAUACGACUGAGGGAGGGUCGAGCAAAGAGGAAAUCAGACUGAAACCAAUGGAGAUCAGCACAUACCGCGUACAGCUGACAUGACAGCUGGCCAGAGAGCCUAGUGCCUAGUCUGCCAUGGCACAUGCCCAAAAUCUGGCCUCUGUUCCUGUGCCGAAAAACAUUGUCAGCGAGGCUAUGCAGAAGCCUAGGGACAUAGUACAUCCUUGGAACAGACGGAAGGAGGGAAAGAGGAAGAGAGAAAGAAGGAGAGAGGGAGGAGGAUUAGGAAGGAGGGAGGAGGGGAAGAAAGGAGAGAGGCAGGAGGAGAAGGAAAUGGAACUUGAUUAAGCUUCAUUUUAAAAGUGCAGUAUGAUAUUGUUUGAAUCCAGUAUCCCUAGUUAUCCUGCAGUUUCAGGUUCUGUAUGUGUUGUGAACGUUUGUGUUGCAAUUUCACUUGAACUCACUCUACUGAGAAGACCACAGGUCCACAUUUCCUUUUCCACUAAUGAUUUUGUACAAUGUGAUUCCUUGUCUUGUUUUACCAAGGUAUUGUUUCAAUCAUAGUGAAUAUUGCGUCAUGUCCUUGGCAUGCCGAAAAAAAGAUUUUAUUUAACUAGGCAAGUCAGUUAAGAACAAAUUCUUAUUUUCAAUGACGGCCUAGGAACAGUGGGUUAACUGCCUGUUCAGGGGCAGAACGACAGAUUUGUACCUUGUCAGCUUGGGGAUUCGAACUUGCAACCUUUCGGUUACUAGUCCAACGCUCUAACCACUAGGCUACCCUGCCGCCCCAUUUGAAUGACAACUGAUUCUAAAUAUAUAUUUUUUAUAUGUUUCAUUGCAAGUGAGAUGCAGUUUUUAUUUUUCCAAAGAGCAAAAAUGUGCCUUAUUUCUCAAUUUCAUAAUGAGCCCAAUGUACAUAUGUUGUUCCCCUUGGAGAAAAAUGUACGUUAGAAUUUACUAUCAAUGCGAAAUUACUGCAGCAAAUAGUUGUUAUAUAAUUGACAUGUGGCAUCACUUUCAUUGAUAUAGGUCUGUUAUUGUGACCUUCAUAUACAUAUUGUUGUGAAUUAUCCCGUUUUUGUUGUUUUACACAGCUAUGCCACUCUUGGUACAGCGCACCAGUCAGUCAGAUGUUUUGAUCAAGAAAUGUUCAAAGGUGUAUCAAUAAUAAAGCCUUUUAAUCAGUUGCAGUUGCAGGAAAACGGCACCGCGGGUUGACUUGGAAUGUCCACACUGUAUUGAGGUGUUACUGUGGAAACAGACACACGCUGUUCCUCUCUGGGAAAAUGUCCUAAUUGGAUGUUGGUGAAAAAAACACACCUGUAGCGUUAACUUUCAAAGCCUGUUCCCAGAUAUGGAAAAACCCAGGUUCUGCAUUAGAAAGCACUUUCAAUGGAAAUUUGGCAUCGAACAUGCUUUUUAGUCCAGGACUAGGCUUAAUCUGUGUCCGGGAAACGUGGUUUAUUAUAAUCUGCAAUUGAUUGAAUUGGGGCCUACAGCCUAGAUAUCAAACUAUGCAACUGAUCCAACUCACCAUUGAUACCGUAUAUGCAGCAAUCCCCUCUUUUCCCCUCAUGCAUCUGAAUGAGUUGAAUCCUCUAAAUCUACAAUAGUUAGUCAUUACAUUCUUGAGACACAUUUUGUUACUAUGGCCAAAAGCGUACGACUGCUUGCUUAAGCAUAUGACACAUGCCAAAGGUCACAAAUCCUGUCAUAUUUGCGCAACUAUUUUUGUUUUGUUCCGUUCUUGCCUGUGAUCUUGGCUAACAGAUGGAAUGCCUUAAACUGGUACCUUGACUGAGCCAUUUUCAAAUCCACUUCAACAUGUUGCCAUGGGGUUUUUUAAUUCAUGUUUUGAACACAUUUGUGACGUUCCAAGGAGAUGGAAAUGUUCCCUUACAUUUCCUGGGGUGUUUUUAGGUGAGUGUAUCUUAUGUGUGAUAUGGAAGAAUGCUUAGCUAUUCUGGUGGUCAAAUAAUUGCACCUUCACUGUCAUGGUAAGGAAUUAGAAUUCUUGGGACAUUGGUUGCAUUUUUUUUUUUAAAUGUCUAUUUGUGUCAAUGUAAAUGAAUGUGGAAAUGGUUGUUCUGUAAUGUUUGAAUGUGAAUGGGAAUGUCAAAGCUAGUUUAAUAGUUCUAUCACAUCUGAUUAAAUUAUGGGGGAAAAUGUAUUAUCUCCUUUAUGAGUGACAAAAGUCCAUUUCAAGACAGAAGAUGGUCUAGGAGGAUUUGAAAUGAAAAGCAUAUUUGAGAAACAAUACACUUUACUUGGUAUAGAAUUGUAAUUGUUCAAUUGUCUGUCUUUGAAACUCAGCAUUAGGGUAUGGUGUUAUGCGCAAAUCUCUUUCUACCAAUGUUGCUUGUUGAGAGUAAAAUGUUGUCAUUGUUUAUCUUUCUGUAAAUGUCAUAUAAUGGGAGAAUAAAAAAUAAUAAAAUCCAA